UUCAUCGGCUUCAGCUCGCCGAUGAUCCCGCGGCUGCAGCAGAACACGUCGCACAUCGUCAUCUCGGCGGACGAGGGCUCGUGGAUGGCGUCAGUGGGCAUGAUCACGACCGUCCCGCCCUCGCUGGUGUCCGCCUGGCUGGUCGACGUCGUCGGCCGCCGACCCAUCGUGCUGAGCUGCGCGCUGCCCUUCCUGGGCUCCGCACUCUGGAUGCGCUUCGCCUCCUCCUUCUGGGAGCUGCUCACCGCCGUCAUCAUCGCCAACCUCGCCAUUGGAUUCAUCAUGCCGGUGAUUCCGCUGUACUUAGUGGAGAUAGCGGAGGACCGCGUCAGAGGAAUGCUGAUCACGCUCUUCACACUGAUGGGCGGAACAGGCUCGUUCCUGAUGAUGAUCGUAGGCUCCUACCUGCCUUACUUCGCGGUGACCGAGUUCAUCAUGCCGUGGCCCGUCGUAUUCGUGGCGAUAUUCUGGUGGAUGCCGGAGAGCCCUUACUUUCUGGUUGCCAAGCACCGGACAGAGGCGGCCAAGACGGCGGUGAUGCGGCUGCGCGGGAAGAACUCGGAGAAGGACGUGAGCGCCGAGCUGGACGCCAUCCAGAAGGCCGUCGACGACCGCAGCAAGAACGAGAUCAGCGUCGCCGACGCCUUCCGAGCCCUGCGCACAGACCCCGGGGCUCGCCGUGCUGUGGCGGUGACGUUGACGUUUACAGUGCUGCUGGCCCUGAACGGCAGUGCGGCCAUUAGCGCGUACUCCACGCAGAUCUUCCUGACCAGCGGCAGCACGCUGGACGCGAGCGUCUCGGCCAUCGUGCUGCUGAGCGUGCAGCUGUUCUUCUCGAUCGUGGCGACGCUGCUGGUGGACCGCGCCGGCCGCCGGCCCAUGCUGGUCUUCUCGUUCGCGGGCUGCACCAUCGCCAUGGCUGUGAUCGGCGUCUACUUUUACCUGACCGAGUACGGCUCCCAGGAGGUGGUCAACAGCCUCUUCUGGCUGCCACUCACGACGCUGCUCUUGUACUAUAUAUCCUUUAACGUCGGAGCGAAUGCACUGCUGUGGGUGUUGACCAACGAGCUGGUGCCCUCGUCGGUGCGCGGACUGUGCAACUCCACAUUCAGCGUCCUCAACUCCGUGCUGACGUUCAGCAUCACCAAGCUGUUCCAGGUGGUCGGCGACUCGCUCGGAUCGUUCGUGCCGUUUUGGUUUUUCUCGGUCUUCUGCCUGCUGGGACUCAUCUUCACCUGGUUCUUCAUCCCAGAGACUAAGGGCCGUUCUCUGGAAGACAUAAAGGAGGAGAUGGAUACUAAAGCGGCUGGCAACAAAGAGUCGGCAGAAAGGGUUUAAGUGAGCAAUAUUAACUUCGGAACUGAAGAGAAAACAAAUGUUCCGCGGUACUGGUCUACCGGUAGUGAAAAGACAAAUGGCUGACAAGCGGUAGACUCUUCCAGAAGACCGAAUUUUAGCCGGUCAGCAUGAGAGCGAUGUGUUUUCUGAAACUCGAAGUAGAGAUCAUCAACAAUGUUAUGAAUCUAAAGUGUAGUACGUUGUGGACAUAGACUAUCACAAUGGUUUCAGAGACGUUAUUUAUUCAUUUGAUCUCCACGAACGGCAGUUCCGACCGUGUGUUUCAUUAAUGGAAACUGUAUGUAUAUGUCUGCUGCUUCCAUAAUGGAGUAGCUAUCAAGAAUCUCAAGCGAAUAAGCAUUUUGUUUUUAUUCUCCAACUGAGUGUACUAAAGCAAGACAUGUCAGUAUCUACAUAGUCGGACGAGUAUCAGUUUUGUAUCCCACUGUGUUGUUCGACACUCUUGUUGCAGUACUUUCGCUUU